UCUGGUGUAUUUGAGUGAUUACCAGGCUCACGUUUUCCUCUCUGUCUCUUUUUUUUCCGUUUGAUUUCCUGUUUCCAGACAUUCGAUCGCCUUCCUAUUCAGGACUGGCUGAAUGAGGGUCGUAGGAGAUGCCCUCAAACCCAGGAAUACCUUCGUGACACUAGACUCACUCCAAAUCUUUUGGUCCGGAGAUUAAUCGAAAACUGUUGUAAGGAGCGAGGAGUUGAGUUACCGAACUUGAUGGAAGAUAAAGGGAAGAUAGCCGGCGACUGCGACAAAGAUUAUUUUGAUUCACUCCUUGACAGAUUGUCCCCCUCCCUGGAUGAUCCACAAGCGGCUGCUAAAGAGCUACGAGAUCUGACAAACAGACAAGCCUCAGUUCGUGCAUUCUUCGGGGAAUCUGCAGGGUCCCUCCAGAAAUUGCUAAACCCACUUUCCCCAAACAAGGCGGUAGAUAAUCCUGGUCUGGAAGAGGAUUUGACAGCCAUAGUUUUGAAUCUCUCAAUCAUCGAUAGCAACAAGGAGCUAAUGGAGGGCAAUCCAUUUGUCAUAUCGUUCCUCGUUGGGUCACUCAACUCCAAGACACAUCGAACAAAAAGUAUUGCUGCCGCAGCUCUGUCUGAACUAUCAAUUCUCGAUUCCAACAGGCGUCUAAUUGGAGAAGCGGGAGCGAUCGGCCCUCUGAUCAAUGUCAUCGGUGAAGGGAACAUUGUAGCUGCCGUCAACGCUGCUUCUGCACUGUACAAACUGUUUCAUCUUACCGAGAAUGUAAAGAAUGCCAUUCGGGCACGAGCCACCAGUGUGAUACUCCAGCGGAUAAUCAAACGCUUCUGUGUGGACGAAAUGAUGGGUCUACUCGCGAAAUUGUCGGGCGAUCAAGAUGCGGUUGAGGAGUUGAGGGACUUUGGUGCUGUUCCUCUCUUGCUCAAGGUAUUAGGGGAAAGCAGGCCCGAACGAUGCCAGGAGAAUUGUGUGGCUAUUCUGGACGAGAUCUGUUCUUACGACCCGAACACCGUGAAGCAAAUUAGGAGUGACGGGGAUGCCUGCAGCCUGCUCCUGAGGCUAAGUGUGAGCAGCACGGCGACUGCGAGGGCUCAGAGGAAGGCUACUUCCAUUGUCCAGAAAAUCAUGAAAGCAGCAUCAUGAGAUGAUUAGCUCUCUUUACUCAUUUGUGAAUACCAUUCUCUUCGCGGCAGCUUCUAAACCGAUUUUUGCUGGAUUC